AUGGCGACUCUUUUCUGCAGUGACGAGGCUCAUUUUCAUCUGUGUGGAGCUGUCAACAAACAAAACUUCCGGUACUGGGCAGCAAAUAACCCUCGACAACUUCAUGAAGGACCACUUAAUUCACCAAAAGUGACAGUUUGGUGUGCCGUUUCUCAAUUUGGAGUGAUAGGGCCAUACUUCUUCGAAGAUGACAACAUCACCGUCACUGUCACCUCCGAGCGUUAUGUCACAAUGUUACAAACGUUUCUGCAACCUAAAUUGGAAGAACUUGCUGAGGAACAAGACUUGGGGGAAAUAUGGUUUCAGCAGGAUGGGGCUACAUCCCACACAGCGCGCAUUUCAAUGGAUUUGUUGAGAGAAAUGUUCCCAGGGCGACUUAUCUCUCUGAGGGGGGACGUGAAGUGGCCGGCACGCUCACCCGAUUUGAGUGUCUGUGACUUUUUCCUGUGGGGCUACCUCAAAGAAAAGGUUUUCAAACAUCGCCCACACACUUUGGAAGAGCUUAAGGAGAAAAUCAGGGAGGAGAUUCAGGCCUUACCAGUGGCAAUAUGCCAAAAUGCGUUUGAAAAUUUCAAAAAUAGGCUACAUCAGUGUAUAGCUGCUGAUGGCCGCCAUUUAACCGAUAUAAUUUUCAAAAACUACACUAAAAACUAUUUUUCGAGCUGA